AUGCCUCCAUUGCGUCCUCCUACUGUCAACUAUCAAGAUCAUUUCAGUAUUGAUAAUAAUAACAGACGUAGGGGUAUCACAGACUCAUUUGAUCGAAAUAAUUUCACUUCAAUCCCAGCAAAUAUUUCAAUGGUUGGUGAUACACAGGAUGAUUCUGACUUGACUGGCAUAGAAGGAUUGAGUGAAGGUGAAGAUGAGUCUGAAGGUGACAAUGUGAUUGGAGAUAUAGAAAAUCUGGAUGAGGAUGAGGAUGUAGGCUUGGAAGAAGUCGCAGUUGAAGCUACCAUGGAUAACAAACCACCAUUCGAUCCUGCCGCUCUCGGAUUGAAGGAAAUUGGAAACUUGGCUAGCUGGACUGUUUCUAGCAGUAAACCUGGUUGUGGUGUUAUUGCGCUCAGAGACGAUGACACCAAUCUAUUUUGGCAAUCUGACGGACCUCAACCUCACUAUCUGAAUAUUCACUUUGCCAAAUUCGCAAAGAUCCGCGCCAUUCGAAUCUUCCUCGACUUCGAAGCCGAUGAGUCCUACACUCCAACCCGUAUUCAAUUGCUUGGCGGCACAGGCUACCACGACCUAAUUCCUUUCUCUGACCUAUCGUUUGCUCAACCAAAAGGCUGGAUCGACGUUAAUCUUGAUCACGUAGGAGGAGGCUCAGAUGGCAAGACACUUCGCGCAUUCAUAGUGCAAGUCAAGGUGUUGGAGAAUCAUCAGAAUGGAAAGGAUACACAUGUUCGUGGAUUGAAAAUCUAUUCUCACGACGAACGUCAUGAAUCUCCUCCUCCAACAUACUACGAUGGUGAAGAUGAUGACUCCUGCUCAUCAAUCGAUCCGAAUGAAUUCGGAGGACCCGACGAUGAUCUGAAACGUGGAGAUGCAGGUGGUGACGAUGAUCAAUUCUGGAAUGAUUUUACACAAGCCAGAAUGGGUGGACUUAGAAUGCCCGAUUUGAGCGGUUUGAGUGAGCCGAAUUUCAUGUCAGAGCCAGAAUUGCGUUAA